AUGUCGUCGGACCGACAAACAUCGGAAAGUUCGUCCGCUCCUGGAUCUUCCCAGGAUGUGGCACCUCAAAGUGCCCGUUAUGUUUAUCAACGCUUUCGAAAUAUUCCAAAAAAACAGCUGAAACUCCAGAAAUCACUAGCUAUUAUUGACACUGCUAAAAUCCAAGAUGUGAAAUGUUAUGAUUCCGCUGUACCUUCUGUUUCGAAGUCUACAUCAAGUCCAAAUGUAAAGGAAAAAGGCGUUAAGCCUGCGAGAUUCAUAAUACGACCAAACAUAAUAAAAAUAAGUAGAGAUGAUAUUGGAAAGAAAGAACAAUUAGAUGUCCGAGAUUCAGAAAUCAGUUAUUUCGGACGAAGAUUUCCUGAUGCAAAGUUUGCACGCGAAGGCAGUUCUUAUUUUACUGAAUUCGAAUACAAAAUCACAGAUCCUGAAUGGGCUUUCGAUGUAAAAUCUCUGAAGCUGCAACUCAGGAUUCCAGAGUAUUAUCCAUGCGAACCGAUUACGGAAAAGUUUAUGGAAGCAGAAAAAUGUAAUGCUUAUGUCGCUCUCGGCAAAACUUUUAUUCGUUGGAUAGAUCGCAAUAUCUUGGAAUUUUUUAUCAAAGGUUUGCGAAGAACAAAAAUGAUUAUUGAAGCCGAAAAGGAAGGUAUUAAAUUGCAUCAAACGACUUUUUCAAGUUUGAGCGACGAAAAGGAAAAUAAUGGUCUCAAGACUGAUAAAGUGGAAACAGUAGUUUGUGAUAAUGAUGAAAUCACACAAAGUCGCAUCUGUGAUGGAGUAGGAUUUCAGCCUUCACCCAAGGCAGAAAUCGUUACGGAAGAAUCUAGCUCUAAACAACUAUCAAAAGUGAAAGCCAUUGAAGCCCGUGUUUUUUGGAACGAUUUGAAUGAAAAUAUUGCUACUUUAUCUAUUAUCACAAUGGCUCUAAGCAUCAGAUGUUCAAAAUGUGGCGCGUUAUCUUUCCUGACUUGCUCAGUGAAACAACUUUCUUCGUCACACUGCCAGAAAUGCUCAAAUGGGUUUUCGGUCCAUAUUUCUCCUCAACUUGUACAUCAGAAUUCAAAUGUUAUCGCAUUGCUUGAACCAAAAGGUUGUAUUCCACUAGACUGUGUGCUACUUUCAUCAAAACUUUCUUAUACUUGCUUGCAAUGCAAUAAAGAGGCUGCAGUUGAGAAUGUCACAUAUGGAAUAUCCAGUAAGAGUUGGUGUUAUUGUUGCCACAGUAAAUGUGAGUUUGAAAUUAAAAGUAUUCGAUUUGUUGGUGAUUUUAAUUCGAUUGCGAAGGAAGAUGACUCUGUCCCAAAAAGCAAACAAAAGAAGAAAAAAGUGGAACGAUUAAUGAUGCUAGUUGAAGGUCAACCACUCCCUGAAAAUGGAACAUGCAGGCAUUACAAGAAGAGUUACCGAUGGUUCAGAUUCCCUUGCUGUGGAAAGCUCUAUCCUUGUGAUUUGUGUCAUAACGAUGCUGAAAAAGAACAUGAAAUGAAGUUAGCUAAUCGAAUGAUUUGUGGUUUCUGCAGCAAAGAACAGGUAAUUUUUUAA